CUUCCGUCGCAGCCUGAGCAUUUGAACAGAGCGGCGGGAAGAGAAAGGUCGUUCUCCGUCGUACAAACGGCUCGGGCAUCUCGAGGUCCUCUGGCUUGCGCUGCCGUUAGGCGAAGCGGGGAGUCUUGCGUGUGGAGGGUAGAAGCUGGGGAACGUGGCUUUCGGACUGGCUGGAACGGCCCCAGCCGUUUAAUAGCGAAGACCAGGUUUGCUCGAAACAGCUUGAUCUAGCUUGAUCCGAGCUAUGAAGGGAAAGAAGACUCUUCAUAUAAAGGAAGCCUUUGAGCAAGCUCAGAAACUUCACCAAAAUCAUGCAAAACUAGUGGUGUCUUUAAAGCACACAUACAAUGAGUUACAAGACAAGAUUGGCUUUCAUGAGGAGUUUGUUCAUUACCUUAAGUAUGCCCUGAUAAUCUACAAACGAGAACCUGCAGUAGAACAAGUGAUAAAUUUUGUGGCCAAGUUUCUUGCUUCUUUUUAUGAGCCAGAAGAUGAUGAUGUUGAAGAGGAAGAAGUGGAGAAUUCACUUCUGAAUUAUUUGUUCAACUUUCUGCUUGAGUCUCACCAUGCUAACAGUAACGCAGUUAGAUUUCGAGUGUGCCAACUUAUUAAUAAAAUUUUGGGAAGCCUGCCAGAGAAUGCUCAGAUUGAAGAUGAGCUAUUUCAUCAAAUUAACAAUGCCAUGCUGCUCAGAGUGAAGGACAAAGUUCCAAAUGUGAGAAUACAAGCUGUUCUGGCAUUGUCUAGACUUCAAGAUCCAAAAGAAAAUGAUUGCCCUGUGACUAAUGUUUACAACAAUUUAAUCGAGAACGACUCCAAUUCAGAAGUCAGGCGUGCAGUGUUGUCAUGUAUUUGUCCAUCACCUAAAACUCUGUCCAAAAUUAUUGGUCGUACCAUGGAUGUAAAAGAGACAGUCAGGAAAUUGGCAUAUCAGGUUCUCGCAGAAAAAGUUCAUAUGAAAGCUUUGACAAUAGCCCAGAGAGUAAAACUUCUGCAACGAGGACUUAAUGAUAGAUCAGAAGCUGUGAAAGAAGUAGUUCAGAAGCAACUUCUUCAAGCGUGGAUAUGUCUGGUUGAGGGGAAUGUGUUAGAACUGCUUCAUCGAUUGGAUGUGGAAAGUUGUCCCGAUACUGGAAUUUCAGCACUUAAUGCCAUAUUUUCACUGUCUCCACCCAAUGACUUGAUUAAACAUUUCUCAGACCUUGAUGAUAGAAAAUUAAUUCCAAUAGAAAAACUAACUGCGGAAAAUGCUUUAUUCUGGAGGGCUCUUUCUGAAUACUUGAAAUUGAAAGGGGAAGAAUUUUUGGAGUACAUUCUGCCAGAACCUGCUGUAUAUGCAGAUUAUUUGUUAAGUUAUCUUCAGAAUAUGCCAGUUCUCAAUGGAGAAGAAAAGGAAGACAUGGCAUGUAUUGAACACUUGAUGACCAAAGAAUUUAUAGGACAGCAGCUGCUUAUUAUAAUAGAUUUCAUGGAUACCACUGAAGAGGGAGGAAGGAAGAGAUUGCUGACUGUAUUACAAGAAAUUCUUAUGAUUCCAACCACUUCAGCAUCCCUUGUACCACCACUUAUGGAAAACCUGCUCCAUAUUAUCAAAGACGAUGACAGAAGAAUCCAGACUGUUGCUCAAAUCAUUUCAGAAGUUCGUGAAGCAAUUAUUACUUUAGAUAAGCCACCAGAUGCAACUGAAAUAAGAAAACAACAGCUUAAACUAGCUGAAAUAAAAGUGAAGCUUAUUGAAACAAAAGAUGCAUUGGAGAAAUGUGUGGCUCUGCAGGAUUUCAGUCAUGCGUCAUUGUUGAAAGAAAGGAUAACAGAGCUGGAAGACAUUAGAAGUGGUCUUUUGAAAGAGGCAGAGGAAUCUCAGACAAAAGAAAUAUGCAUAGAAAAGAAUGAUCCUGAAACAUUGCUGAAAUGUCUGCUAAUGUGCAGUGAACUUCUAAAGCAGCUAUCAGUUUCCAAAGGAUUAGGUCCAACAAUGGAUGGAAUAAUCGAAUCCUUGAUAAUUCCAGGAAUUACCAAUAUCCACCCAGCUGUAAGAAAUAUGGCAGUUUUAUGUUUGGGUUGUUGCGGUCUGCAGGACAAAGACUUUGCCAGCCAGCACCUUCCAUUGCUAUUACAGGUAUUGCAAAUUGAUGAAAUGAAGGUAAAAUUAAGUGCCUUAAAGGUGCUCUUUGAUCAGUUAAUGAUGUUUGGAAUAGAACCAUUCAAAGCAAAAAAAGGAAGAGAUCCCCAAAAUGAGAAUGAAGAUAAUGACGAAGAGAUGACUAAAGAAAAUGAAGAAGAACCUACUACUGCCCAUAAUCUCCUCCAACUUAUUUCUGGGUUUUUAGACAGUGAGUUUUCAGAACUUAGAACUGAAUCUGCUGAGGGUCUAGCAAAGCUCCUAUUUUCUGGACGACUGAUAAGUGCUAAGCUUCUUUCUCGACUUGUGUUGUUGUGGUAUAAUCCAGUAACUGAAGAAGAUACUCGUCUCCGCCACUGCUUGGGAGUUUUCUUCCCAUUAUUUGCUUAUUCAAACAGGGCUAAUCAGGAAUGCUUUGAAGAAGUCUUUAUUCCAACUUUGCAAAUAUUGUUUAAUGCUCCUGCAUCAUCACCAUUAUCUGAAGUUGAUGUCACUAAUGUUACUGAGCUCUUAGUAGACCUGACAAGACCAAGUGGACUGAAUCAAUGUACAAAGAAUUCCCAGAAUUAUGAGGGCUUAAACAUUCAUGAUAAUUUAGCAAUGAAAAUAUGCAAUGAAAUGUUGAUGGAUCCAAGUGCACCAGAUGUCCGUGUCUAUGCAAAAGCCCUGAGUUCCUUAGAACUUAGUAAAGACUUCACAAAAGAUCUCCUGAUUCUGUUUGAUGAGGUCCUAGAGAAAGUGAAAGAUAAAACAUGUUUAAGAAUGGUUGAAAAAGUGAAGACCAGUUUAAGUGGGAAAAAUCAUAUCAGUGGAGACACCUGUCAAGUAACACAGAAAAUGGGUUUUUUUCAAGUAACUCAAGAUGCUGUUGAUCCUGACGAUCUGCAUGACAGUAACAGAACAUCAUGUCUCACUGACCAGAAUGAGGAAGGUCUGAGAAAAAUGGAAGGAAAAUGUGUGCCCAGAAGAGGAAGUCAUACAAUGUUUGAGUCAGAAGAUGAAAGCACUAAAGAAGUUCAAAAAUCUGCUUCACUGACAAGUUCAAGACCAUCACGUCGAGCAAAAACAGCAGCUCUUGAAAGAACCAAGAUGAAUCUUUCAAAACUUCUAGAUAAAGAAUGAAUUUGCUUAAAGUGAACCAAACUGGUUUACAUAGUUCUUAGUAAAUGUAUAAAGUCUAAUAACAUACCUUUUUGUUGAUUCCACUGCCCCAUUUUUUUAAACAAAGGCACAAUCUUUGGGUAUAGGGUGAUAGGUUUCAAACAAGAAAGACUAACUUCUCUUUUGUUUUCUCUUACAAGUCCAAACAUUUUUGUCAUCUUGAAUAGUUUUUUUUCCGAGUUGGCAAUUUUGUUAAAGAAAUAUGAUGGUACAGUUCAGAUGCUUCCUGCAGAAUAGAAUGGAAUCACACUUUAAUAGUAGCCAGAUUUUACUGCAUAUCUAGCUUACCAAGUUGUGUUGCUGAUUAUGAUACAGAUGGAAAGCCGCUUUGUAUGUAUUUUACUCUGCAAAAUGUGUGAUAUAGUUUAUAAAGAUAGAAUAAAGAAAAUGUGUUGGCGUU